AUGAAGUCUCCAUCUAAAUUUCAAAACACCACACUAAGGAGAGAUAUUUUGAAAAAACAGUCCAGGCAUUUUGCAAAGGAAUCUGUAGAGGCACCACGAGAUGGACUCAAAAUAGAGAGUGUUCCUCUAAAACUCUCUAUUGAUGAGGAUGAUAGUUUUUUUCACUUUUCAUCAUUGUUUACUCCUAUGAAGAAGCUUCUUUCACCCCUUAGAGACCCAGAGGAUCAGCUAUCUCUUAUUGUAAAGACUGGCUUAACCCUGUUAUCCCCAAUACCUGGACAGCCUUACAAAAAAGCAGGGCAGCCCAAGGUUGAAAAGACUGAACCUGAGAAGCAACAAAAAGAGACCAAGAAGCAGACAGUGAAGAGCUCCAACAAUGGGAAGUGGAAGCACAUGGUACGUAAUCUUAUCACAUGCACAUAAAAUUGCUUUGCAAAUGAUUUAUUUUGUUUACUUUUUCUGUCCCAAAACAUCACAUAUUUUUAUAGCUAUAGUGACAUUAACUUUAUGUCCCUUUUCGCUUCCAUUUGUUUAGAUAGGUUUGUGUGAGCCUGUGUAAUUUUACUGCAAGAUUGAAUACUUGUAUUCCCUAUUUUAAAAGGAAAAUACAACGUCCCUUAAUAUUUGUAAAGGUUUAUAAAGUAUUUUUAUUUUAUUUGCAUUUUUUUUUUUACGAAUAUUCCAGCCAUCUCCUCAAUCUUAUAAUAUUUGAAUACCAUUAAAAGAAACACAAAAAUAACACAUUGUUCCACUACAGAAAAGUGCAAAAUUGUUCAUAUUGUGUUUUAGUUUACCUGGAAUGCUGAGAAAAAUAAUUGAAUUCCAUUAUAUAUUAUCAUGGCUUGCAGACUCCCCAACUGCUAAAAAUAAUUCUAAUUGAAGAAUGCUAUUAUCUUUGUUUUUAGUUGAUUUGCAUUUAGCCAUUUUCAUUGAAUAGGCUACAACAUACCUGACCAGACAAGUCCCCAUUCUAUGAAAUAUCACAAUUUGUACUUAAAGGGAUACUAAAGUGCCAGGAAUACAAAGCUCUAUUUCUGGCACUAUAGCUUCCCUCUUCCUCCCCAUCCCUCCUAACCACCAGAUCGUGGUGAAUAAAAGGUUAAUAACCCUUUAUUUACUCACCUUAUACCAAUGUCAAUUUAACUUGGUGCUGGGUAACAGCUCCGCCUCCUCCGAUAAGCGAUUGCUAAUGGACAUGCUUGGCACAUGCAGCGCGUGUAAUAGACCUCCCUAUAGGAAAGCACUGAAUGACUGCUUUCCCAUGGGGAAAAAUCUGACCCUGGAUGUCCUCAUGCAGAGCGUGAGGAUGUCCAGCAUCAGUUACCGGACCAAAGGUCUGUUUGGAUCCAAGAACUGCCUCCAGUGGCUGUCUCCUAUAAAGCCACUGGAGGCAGACUAAGUGCUUAAAUGUAAACAUUGUAGUUUCUUUGGACUAAAUGCAAUAGGGACACUGUACCCAGACCACUUUAAUGAUUUGAAGUGGUGUGGGUGCAUGUAGUGUCCCUUUAAAUCUGUAGAAGACAGUGCAGUUUUACUUUGAGACCAAGGGCAACUUUUGACUUCAUACAGCAGUGUGUUUUGUGAUUUUUGUGGCUUGACAUGGCUGCUGAACUGUAUUUCCAUUUUCAUGAGAUAAUAUAUUUUUGCUCACAGAUGUCUGCUUUCUUUUAGUAUCUUCAGUGUCUUCAGUAACAAUAUUUUUGUUUUUCACAUAGUCUACAUAGCUUUGUAAAUGUCAAAAUUUAUGAUCAAUUAUUUUUUUAACUUUCAUUUAUUUAUUUUUUAGGCUGACCUUUCAUCUUUAAAUAAGUGGAAGUUGGGGCAGGGCACUGAAGCAGGUUAUACAGAAUCAAGUAGCACAAAGGAGUCCACCACUUCAUCUACCCCCAUCCAAAACACCAAGACUGCACAAAAAGGCAAUGUAAGCAGCCAGGACAGGCAUAAGUCUCCAGCUCAAUAUGAGGGCACAACACAAAGGAGAACUUUGUCCAAAAAAACUGAAAAGGCAUCUGUAGUAGCACACAAAAUAGAAAUUGUUACUACAGCAGAAAUUACUACAAAUAUGCCCCCUAACAGACCCAAGGCUUCUACAAAUGGCUCUCACAAACUCAACAUGAAGAAAGAACCCAAAUCCUCUCCCAGCCUUGCAGCAGAGAAUAAAAAGUCUCAGUCUUUACCUAAAUCCCUUCAGAAGUCCAGAAAAUUUGUUAAAACAUCUUUAUUCCAAACUUCUAAAAAUUUAGAGAGCAAUAGAACGUCUCCUCUAAAACCCUCCAUUGAGCAGGAUGAUAUUUUUUAUCGCUCAUUAUUCAUUCCUAUGAAGGGGCUUCUUUCACCCCUUAGUGACCCUGAGGAUCAGUUACCUCUUAUUGUAAAACAUGACUUAAGCCUGUUGUCCCAGAUUCCUGGAUGGCCUUACAAAAAUGCAGAGCAGCCCACGAUUGAAAAGAUCGCACCUAAGCAGCACCCAAAAGAAACCCAGAAACAGACCGAGCAAAGUUUCAAUAAGGGAAAGCGGACGCACAAGGUUUGUAAUUUCAACACGUACACAAAGAAUUGUUUUGAAUAUGAUUUAUUAAUGUUUUCUUUUUCUGUCCCAAAACACCACAUAAUUUUAAAAUUAUAGUAAAAUUUACUUUAUAUGUCUUUCCAGUUUAACUUGCUUUCACAGCUCUAACUUUUUCAUAAUGAAUAGAGGGGUUUGUUCCUACUGUAAUUUUACUCCUGGACCAAAGACACAUGAUUUUAUUCCAGAAAUGACAUCUGUCCUUGUGUGGAAAUUUGUUUUUGUUUUACACUUUCACCAUUCUGACCACUAGCAUAAGUUGCAUUGGUUACUGAAGUUUUCCUAAACAAAUAUAUUUUCCCACUGUAAUGGGGUUCUCAAUAUUGUCUCAUUUUGUGUUAUUUGCAAACCUAGUUCUGCAAACAAUUGAUUCUUGUGCUGUCUAAAUAGCCAUUUUAAUGUUUCUUCAAGGACAUCAAAUAGAAACUGAACAAAGCUUUGUUAUACACUUGGCUAGGUGUCCCAAGUUUCCAUUCAGAUUAAUAUAAAUAAUAAAUGUUAAGAUUUAUUGACUGACAUGAAUUCGAUAGAAAAUUCAGAUUUUUUAUUUUUCUAAAUAAGGGUGCCUUUAAAAACUUGAGCUUUGCACUGUGAUUGGAUAUUUUUAAAUAUUUUAUAUUUAUAGAAUAUGUACAUAAUAUUGAUUUUUUUCUUUUUUAACAGAAUGAUGAAGAAUUAAAGGGUAAUGAUGCCAAGAAACAAAAAGUGGAAGAAAAGACCACAAACUACAAAGUGCCCAGUAAAGAGUAAGUAGUAUAUCUGAUCUUGUUUAUUCAUUCACUAUGUGUUUAUGUUUGUAUUGUGUGUGCGUCUGUGUAACCUCUCAUGUACAUUGUGUUGCAACACCUCAUUAAUAUAUUUGUUUUUUCAUGUUUCAGGUUGUCAAAACCAAAUCCUGUAAAGGAAAGAGAGUUACUCCCUUCAACUGUAACCCCUGCUCUACAGAAAGAUUUCAAGUCUGAACAUGGGUCUCGUAAAAGAACCAUUAGCCAGUCUUCAUCUCAGAAAUCCAGCAGCAGUGGCAGCACAAAGGAUAGUGGCACCAAAAGUAAGACUUCUGAUAAGGAAAGAAAAAUUGAAAGUAGCACCGAGGAAACAAAGGUAAACAUUGCAAUGGUUUUCCAGACAGAAAUUCUUAGGGAUGAUAGUUACAAAAACCUGAUUUGCCCAAAUUAAUAUCUUAAGGGAUUGUUAAAUCCAACAAAUAUUGCAUUGUUUAUUUGCGAAGUUGAACAUGUUUACUUCUUAAACUGAGUAAAUCCUUCUUCAACGAGAAUAGCGUGUAGCCGAGUAUUGUUAAACCCGUACAUAACCCAAUCUAAUUGGAUUCAGCUACAGACCCUUAGUCUGUGGUGAAGUCAAUAAGCAACGUAAUAGCCGACCAUUUAUUUUCAAGGCUUUAUGUGUUGCUUUCAGCCAACAUGCGUUUAACUUUAAACCAGUUUAUGGAUAUAGAACAAAACAGAAGCACAUUUCUGACAGUUCUGACAAUAUAACUUGGUCCAUUAUUGGAGACCCAAUAAAUUGUUGUGAGGAAGAAUUCUACUGUCUUGAUUAGAUCUCAUUCAUAAAUAGAAUACCUAUUCCACUCAGGUUUUUUAUUUAUUUAACCCCUUAAGAACCAAACUUCUGGAAUAAAAGGGAAUAAUGACAUGUCACACAUGUCAUGUGUCCUUAAGGGGUUAAAUGAUUUUCAAUGAUAUAGACAUCACAAUUGGAACAGCAGUAACAACAAUAUAGUCUGCAAUACUUUACUUUGUGUAAUGAAUUGUGCAUUUCUUCCUUUCCAGGAUAAACCCUCAGGUAAUACAGCUUCUGUCGCUUUUGUGCCAGCAAUCGAUAACAAAUCGUGGAGAGCAAAACUGACCUUCGAAGACAGGUGAGGCAUUUGAAAUACAAAAUCAUCUCUUUAACAUGGUGUUGUACAGAUAAACCUUUAUGAUAGUUUAUAACAUGAAAACACAAAUAAAACAAGUUAAUUAUUUAACAUGUUACACCUUAACAAUCUCUGUGAAGGACUCUCAAAUGGUAACACAAGACAACAUGUUUUAUCUUUUUUCAUAAAACUAAAUAGCAUUUUUCUUAUCAAAACUUCUAUUCUACUUCAGCUGUUGUUGGAUAGGAAAAAUAAUGUCGGCAAUGUUGUCCAGCAAGAGCUGACGUUAAAGGUCCCUGGGCUAUUAUAACUUUUGACUUCUAGUGUUAAACAAACACAUUGCUUAACUCAACACAUCACAUUAGAAAACUCAAAAACACCAAAUUUUGUCCAUACAACAGAUGGCUUUAAAAGUCCCUGUGCUAUUAUAACCUUCUAGUUAUAAGACUUCUAGUGUUAAACAAACACAUUACUUAACUCUCUCUAUUAGAUAAAUCUUUAAGAUUGUAGAAAACUCAAAAACACCAAACAACAAAACAAGUAAAUAAUUUACAAUGUUUGUCAGCAAAAUAAUAUUUUUGAUCUACACAUUACCAAUCUCUGGGAAAGUUUGGGGAUGCUGGGGGUAGUUGUUGGCUACAAUCUGAUCUUAGGGCCCAACUGCCAUUGUCUUCUGUCCUUAUAAACUGUCAUAUAGACUUAACUCCGAGUGUCAGUGUAAGAAUGAUUUGUAUGCCUUGCUUUUCUCUCUAGCACUCAAAUGUAGUGAUGUCCUGAACGGUUCGCCGAAUGGUUUGCGAACGGUUCGCCACGAACGGUUCGCCACGAACGGUUCGCCACGGACUCAUCAUUGAGUAAACUUUGACCCUGUACCUCACAGUCAGCAGACACAUUCCAGCCAAUCAGCAGCAGACCCUCCCUCCCAGACCCUCCCACCUCCUGGACAGCAUGCAUUUUGCAUUCAUUGUGAAGCUGCAUUCUUAGUGAGCUGUCCAGGAGGUGGGAGGGUCUGGGAGGGAGGGUCUGCUGCUGAUUGGCUGGAAUGUGAAUGCUGACUGUGAGGUACAGGGUCAAAGUUUACUCAAUGAUGAGUCCGGCGAACCGUUCGGGACAUCACUACUCAAAUGAUUAAACUAGACAAUAUGUUUUAUCACUUAUUUCCUUUGCAAUGAGUAGUUUCAUAAAACUUUGGUAUGAAAACAUCUCUUAAUCCAUUUUGCCUCUUGCAGAACCCAUUCAGCUGAUCACUAUCUACUGGAAGCAAAGAAAGUAAAGCACAAGGCUGAUGCGUUGGUAAUGAAGUACCCCCAAAUCUUUACAAAGGUGCUUUUCACUUUGCUUACUUUUAUUCUGGAGGUUGGAAUACAUAGCGGAUUUUGCAUGUAUUGUAAUUUUUCAGUUAUUUUGUCUUUGUAUUUUUCUAACCUGGAAAAAAAAAAUAAUAAUCUUUUUUAUUUCCUUCAUAGUCAGACAGGUUCGAGAAAGCAGUACUCUACCUUGAUGCGGUGCUUUCUUUCAUUGAGUGUGGGAACGCUUUAGAGAAGAGUGUUGAAGAAUCAAAAUCUCCAUUUCGGAUGUAUGGUGAAACAUUAGAGUUAAUAAAGUAUGUAUUUCAAUUUGAACUUUCAUUUUUAUGGGAUGUGAUAUGCUUGUCAUAUUAUUACUUGUUAAGCAGUAGUUUUUUUGUUUUUUUUCUUUAAAUCACUGCCGAUGUUUUGUGCAGAGCAUCAUGUAACAUAUUAGAGAUAGGUACACUUUUCUGUGGAUGCUCUAUUUUCAUGGCAUCCAGCUUAAAACCAAACUAGGCUGUAGAGAAACCAGAACAAUGUGGUGUUAAUAUUAGUAAUACAUGCCAUAAUGCCUGCAGCCUGUGGUGGGUGUCACCUUGCCUUUCCUCUUUGGUCACUGCUCAACACCUGUUCUUUUGUAUUCUAUACAAAUUAGAAUGCUGAAUUGAAAUACUACCAGGGGUCUGAUGUAGUCUAUUCUAUUAGGAAUCUUAGUAGUGGAAUAAUGUUGUUAGAAAUUUGUGGCAGCUGUGUGCAGUGAAAGUAAACGUUAAUGUCUUACAAAUAUACUACUACAACAAUUAAUUUUACUAUCUUUUAAGGUACACCUUGAAAUUGGCAUGCCCUGCAGCCCCUGAUGCUACAUCAGCUGAUAAGAGACUUGCUGUUCUUUGGUAUGUAUUUUUUCACUCUUGCAUUCUAAACCAAAAUCACACCAUUGUCAGAAAACCAUAACCGAGCGUUAUCUGAUAUUAAUUCUGAAGGCAGAUAGUAGAGCAAAUAUCUGAAAGUGGAAAAUAUAAGCCAUGCUAUGUUUUACAUGUCUCCAUGCACAAAUUCCUCACUUUCCAGUAGAUAUGUCUAUAAAGUGUAUGCCAGUGAGGUAGUCAUUGGUUGGACUUAACAAAUAUGAUCUGUUUGGAAUAGCCAGUUUCAAACUGGAUGCUUGUGAAUCAUACAUUGCUUACAGACACUUCUAAAUGUGAACAGAUAACUAAAAGUUCUAGGUAUAUAUGGCAGGGAGUGUUAUAAUCAAGGUGCUAUUCUCCCUUCAGAUUUGCAACCAGUUGGUAAGCAUGGCUACCUGUACUAAUAGGACAAAGAUUAUACCAGUGUCAACAGUUAGUACCACAUUGUUUUCUUUUGCUGAUAGAUAUUUUAACAAAGAAAUGUGACAACUAAGAAAACACUAUGUUAAAUUGAAUCAUCCAGCCAGUGAGAUACCUGGUCUACUAACUAAUACAGAUUUUACAUGCUGCAUAUUUAGUGAUUGAUUGUGUUGUGUCUCCUCAGUCUUUGCUGUCAAUCCCUUUUGUACUUGAGGUUAUUCAAACUGAAGAAGGAGAGUGCAUUGGAAGAUUCCAAGACAUUAACUGAACACCUAAAGGUAAGAGCUUUUUCAGAAUGGUAGCAAUUGUUUGGUAUUUCUAUAUAUUGUAUUUUUAGGGUUAUUCUUUUUUUAUAAAUUUGUGUUGUCAGUGAUUUUGUCUAGGACUGAUAUUUUUGAAUAGUAAUGACUGAUUUAAAUUGAAAUAUGUUAUAGAAAUGUAGAUGUAAGGGGUAAUUCUUAUCAGGUCCAUAGUUCAAAGUUCAAAUCCUUCUACAGUUAAAUAUUGUACAUGAUUAAACUGCCAUGAACAAAUCUUGAGGAUUACAGGUACAUCUUCACAUGUUUAUACUUCUGUUUUAUACAUUUUGUUGGUGAUAUUAUUUGUAGAUGUAUUCAUUAAAAAUGUUUACUUAUCUGAAGUUCACAUCCUACAUUAGGAGGAUAAUAAUAUACAUAAUAAUAGACUGGUAGUGGUCCUUGAGGAUUAGAUCAUAAAGGCCUACUGUAAUUCCAGGGAUUUUAUUCAAUAUUUAACAUAUUUUUCUUCCCUUUGCAGAUCUCUUAUGGUAAUUCUCAAGCUCCAUCUCCUACGAGGGGAAGGUAAGACGUUUGCAUUAACUACGUGAUUUCAUUUCUUUGUAGUUAAAUGUUUGGAACAUGCCUUGGAAAGUAUUUUUUGGCAAUAUGUGUCUAGAAAACAGAAACUAAAACGGUUUUGUUUUAAAGCAAACCUGCUUUGGCCUAAAAUGUGAAAUGAACUUCUAAAAGUGCCCAGGAGACAGCCUAUCACUCAGGAGUUAUAAAUAAAUGUAUUUUAAACCACUCAAGUGUUCCUUUUAUACCUGCAAGGCAUAACAUUUGCAAACAUCUAAGGUUAUGCAGUUAUUUAUAGGCUUCUUAACAAUCAAAAUAUAUGUGUUUUCUAUAUUUAAUCGCUCUGAAAUGGAACUGAAUGCAAGUAUAAUUAGAGGCAGCAUGCUCUUUUUGACUAAAGUUAAAUGCUAACAAUUACUUUUUCAUUUAUCAUACAGCAAAUCCGUGAGUAUGCCUUUCCCAGUGUCUCCGAAGCUGUCUCCUGGCAAUUCUAAUAGCUAUUCCUCCAAUGUGUCCAAUACUACUGGAGUCACGUCAUUUGUGACUAUAUCACAGAAGAUUCACCAGAUGACCGCCAGCUUUGUCCAGGACACAUCCAACUUCCUUUAUGCCACUGAAAUUUGGGACCAAGUAGAACAACUCUGCGCCGAGCAAAGUGGUAAGGUUUCUUAUUAUUUACAUAAUAUGUAACAAACUGCUUAGUUUCUCUGUAUUAAUUAUUAUAUUUAUUCUACGUUAAAGGGCUGUAAUAGUUUACAAUUACAAUUACAACUACUAGUAAAAACAUACUUUAAAAAGAUGAGGAAGUCCUUGCUCUGAUUUUAGUCUAGAUACUGGAAUCCAGCUUGACAUGGAAUAUUAUAACUCGAAAAAAAGAAUAUUGGCCUCAUAUUUACAUUUUAUUUAUUUCUUCUCUCCAGAAUUUUUUUCUGAACUGGAUAAAGUUAUGGGCCCCCUGAACUUCCAUUCCAGCACCAUCCCAGAACUGGUAUGCUACACCCGUCAAGGCCUGCACUGGUUACGCCUUGAUGCCAAGUUGAAACAUUAA